AUGAAAACUCGCAAUCAGCGUUUCAUUCUGUGUCUCGCUCUCGUCGUUGCAUUAUCCAUUUUUGCUAUUAAUAGGAAAUUCGAACGGAGUCCCUUUUAUACUACUCUAGUAGACGACGUUUAUGUUGUCCCAGAAGAAUGUCUAUGCAAGUCCGAAAAAACCGGCAACAUUUAUAAUUUUUGCUACAGUAAUCCGCAAAAUUCGACGUUACAAGGAAUCGUAUUCAAUUGUUCGCAUGUUGAUUUUAUGGAUGAUUUUGGUUUCUUUCAAAAUCAUGAAGACACCUUUUAUGAAAAUGUGCUCAAGGAAAAUCGAAAUGAAGAAGAUGAAAUAUUUGUGACCGCUUGCUCAAACGAUCAUUUUUUGACCGGAUUUGAUCACUAUAAAAUAUUUCGUCGAUCGUAUCCAAAAAAUAAGGUGCUAUUCUAUGGAUUAGACUUAUCAAAUAACCACCAAGAGAAGCUAAAAAAUGAAAAAUAUUUGGAGUUUCGCCAAUUUAAUACUUCAAAAUAUCCAUCUUAUGUUAAACGAUGGCUAGAUUAUCGAUUCAAACCACUUAUUAUUGCGGAAGUCAUUCAAGAAUAUAAAAAUAUCAUCUGGAUGGAUGCUCAUAUAUUAAUUAAAAAUGCGAAUUUAACAAAUCUUGUGCAUUCGGAACUCGCAAAUAGUAUUACGAACGAUACUAUUCCUUUGAAAUCUCCAAUUUUGUUUUUUAUCCAUUCAAGUCAUAGCAAUUUUGCGACAUUGGAUCAAAGACUUCUCGAUUUUUUCCCGACAAUUUCUCUCGAGUUAUUGAAAACGAAAGGAAAAGGAGAUCAACUCGGAGCCAAUAUAAUCUAUUUAUCCAGAACGAAGAAGACAUUCGAAAUCUUGAAAUGGUGGAUAUUAUGCGCGUUGGAAAAAGAAUGCAUGAAUCCGGGCGAUACAACGAUUCAUUGUCAUUUCGACACGAACCGAUUUACAAAAUUUGCAAAUUGCUUCAGAUAUGACCAAUCCGUUCUCAAUUUAUUGUUGAUUAAUGAAUAUGGAGACUAUCACAAAUAUCAAUCCAAAUAUGGAUAUUUGAUCAAUUGA